AGACCUUUAACUAGUGCUUAUUUUAGCAUAGGUCAUGUAUUUGUAAUUGUAGAUUGGUCACUUUUUUCAAAACAUUUCCACUAUCCGAGCGCUUUUCUGUUUUUGUUUCCGCGGAGAAACAUGACCGGCUGGCAAAGUCAAGGCUGACUAAGUUUUUAUUCCCACAAAUUUCAUGUUUUUCACUCACAACCACGCAUUUUCAAGGUAUUCUAGGCGUGGGUGGCAAGCAACUGGAUUUUCUCCUCUGUGUGUGUGUGUGUGUGUGUGUGUGUGUGUGUGUGUGUGUGUGUGUGUGUGUGUGUGUGUGUGUGUGUGUGUGUGUGUGUGUGUGUGUGUGUGUGUGUGUGUGUGUGUGCGCGCGCGCGCGCGCGCGUGUUGGUCGGAGAAGGAGGGGUUGUUAUAGCUUUUCAAGCUAGCGAGCGGAAUUACGUAGGCUGGUUGAAACAAGUUUAAAUUCGUGCGAAAGUGGUCAAAGUUGUACUAAACUCAAUUCGGAUAUUAACUGGGAUUGAAACGGGCCACUGCGUGUGUUGCGUGUUGUUUCUUGUGUGGUAGGGAGAACCUUUAAUACACAGUAGGUUCCGCGCACUUACGUUAGCAUACAUCAAACAUUAGCCGUGUGAGAAAUAGCGAGAUAUAGCUAAUAGUAUGUAUUUUUUGCGUUUAAAGUUGCUUGUCUUGUCAUUUUACGUCUGAGGAGGUGUUUUGUUUAAGUCAACCCCAACCUCCAGUAGCAACGUUAUGCUAUACACCAACCCGAAUGCGAUAGGUCAGUGGUGUCCAAAGUGCGGGCCGGGGACCAUUUGUGGCACGCGGUUCGUUUUUUAUUGGCCCACAGCACAUUGUAGAAAAAAUAACUAAAGAAAAAAGGGAGGGCAGGGUGGAAAAGCACAAUGUAAACAGAAAAAGCAGUUGAGACUAAUAACUAAUCAUAACACAAAGGUUUAUCUUUCAAGAUAUAUAACCCUUUUUUAGCCAGCAAUAUUAUAUAUAAAUAUCAAAGUGACAUCUCGGCAUCCUUUGAUUUGUCGGUAUGCAUCGCUCUGUGGGAAAAGUUUAGACACCCCUGCUUUAGGUAUAAACCCGGGGAAAGUAAUCUUUAAACAGUGUGCUACAGCUCAACUGAACUGUAUUUUUUUUUUUUUAUUUUAAUCAGUGCCUAACGCCUACAAGCGUUCUCUGUGAGUGCAAAGCAGUCAAACGCAAAAAAAAAAGAGGAAACCAAGGAAAUCCCCAGAAAGGAAAUGCCAAUCGCAGCCACUGGACAGCCAACGACUCAAGAGCCCAGAGUUUACCCCCGGCUGCCCUCCACCCCGGAGCCGGUCCCUAAAGGGGCUGAUUUAUUCGAUGAGGCGGGGGCGGCGGAGUCACCGGAGCGAACAGAGUACGGGGGCGUGGAGGGGGGCAGAGGAGUCGGGGGCUAUAGUUACAGCCACAGCGGCACUCGGAGCCUACAGCCCGCAUCCAUCAACAGUCCUCCACCGCAGUCUCCAGCCGCCUCCUCCUCUUUUCUUUUCCACUCCCUCCACGGCCACCAAAUGGUAAUGGAGCCCCCCAGGACUCGAUCACGUUCUCGAUCUGGAUAUUACCAGCAGUAUAAUGGUGGGAAUGGAAUUACUGGCACUGGAGUCAUAGGAACUAACCAGCAGCCGUACGGUGGCGGUUGCUUUCCACUUGGGGCUCACAGCAGCCACGCAGAGAACCAGCAGCGAGCCCCGGGAAGUAACGCCUCUCCGGGCAUCCAGAGACUUCACUCGGUUCCUGGCGCUCACCGCAUCCCAGCUGAAGGAGACUCAGGUGGGUCCUCCCACUGCCACCCAGAACAUGCAUAUGGAGAGGAGAGUGACAAGAGUGAAGAAAGCCCCAGUCCAAAGCGCCAGAGGCUGUCCGGCCAAGCUGUCUUGGAACAGCUAACCUCUUCCGCCUCACCACCAUCCACCCCUUCUCCCCCCAUCCGCCCCUGGGAGUCGGGACCUCCAAGCAGGAGACCAUCUCACCCCCACACACACUACCACCAAGAGAGAUCUCUCACGCCUGCUCGCCACAGACGCAGCCCCCCAGCCAGACGUCAGCGUGGCCGCAUCUCGAGACCUUCUCGGCACUUGCAUCCUCAUCACCCCUCUCCUCAAGGACCUGCACCAACACAGUUCCAUGACGAAAACUUGCACCACAGCUCACGUCCCUCGUUGCACCAGACAUACCCAACGCACACCCCCAGCACCUAUAGUCAGCCCCCCACCCCUGGAACAGGUAUGGAGGAUCCCAGAGCUUUCCAUCCUCCCACCAUGUCCCCACGGCUACUACACCCAGCUGCACAUCACCACCAUAAUCAUCAUCAGCAGCAGCAGCAGCAGCCGCAUCAUGCAACGUCACAGCAAGAGGCCAUGGUCAUGGAUUUGCAUGAACAGCUUCAGCAGGGCAGUGUACCCGUCUCCUAUACUGUGACCCCAGUUGCACCUCACGGCCUUGCAGCACCACUGUGCAACGGUCACCUUCCCCCCAGCUGCUCUACACAACAAGUUCCUGCCUGUAGUGUGGUCUUCAGCACUGGACAACACUACCACCCGAUGUUGCAGGCAUGUUCAAUGCAGCAUUUGCCUGUACCCUAUGCCUUUCCCUCUCUGCUGUCCAGCGACCCUCAGUUCCUUCUUCCCCCUCCACCUCAUCUCUCUCACCACCCGCCUCACCUCCAUACCCAUGGCCAGUUCUUGCCUUUCCAAACGCAACAGCCACGAUCGCCCUUACAGAGGAUCGAAAAUGAGGUUGAACUUCUAGGAGAGCAGCUGUCAGUUGGUGGAGGCUUCAGCUACGCACAUCACCACCACCACCAUCACCACCAGCCUGCAGCUACCCUCCCGCCCUCCACACCACUCCACUUCCUUUCACAUCAUGACCACCUGUCACAGGAGCUCUUCACAAUGCCCUAUCCCCACUUCAUGCCUCGGCGAUUCACCAGCCGGCGCUACCGCUCCCAACAGGCUGUGCCAUCUUCAAGCUACCAUCCCAGCUUCCUGCCUUACUUCUUGUCCAUGCUUCCCGUCCCACCAAAUGUAGCUCCCACCAUCAGUCUAGAGCUGGAUGUGGAUGACGGAGAGGUUGAGAAUUAUGAGGCCUUGCUGAACCUUGCUGAGCGUCUAGGAGAGGCCAAGCCACGUGGUCUAACUAAGGCAGAUAUAGAACAGCUCCCAUCAUACAGGUUCAACCCCAACAACCAUCAGUCUGAACAAACACUGUGUGUGGUCUGUAUGUGUGACUUUGAGUCUCGCCAACUCUUAAGAGUCCUACCGUGUAAUCAUGAGUUCCAUGCCAAGUGUGUAGACAAGUGGCUUAAGGCUAACCGGACUUGUCCUAUCUGUCGAGCUGAUGCAUCGGCGGUCCACCGGGAUUCUGAGUGACCCCUGAUAGACAUUGACGCCCACAAUCCUUCACUUCUUUUUGGGUGCACCAGAUAAACAUCAUCAUGGACAAAAAUGGGACCAGUAUUUCUUUGUCGCACAUCCAAGAGGAAAUGAAACAGUACAACUUUCUACUGAUUGUUCCAACUUAGACUAGUGUGCCCUCCACACUGCUCUGCCUUCUGUGCACACGCUUUACAAUAAAUGGCCUUUGAAAACACGCAUGCACAGCAGAUUCACAGAAACCACACUUUCACUUGAACAGGAAAGAAUUAUUUGAAAGCUUGUGUGUCGGAACAAAUUACAGGAGGAAUGGCAGUCCAAAGAGUUUCUGUGCUAUUCUAGUGGAAUGUGCUGUAAGUAUUUCCACCUCUGACAGCACAGACUGUCCUCCCGACUCAUUGUAAUUGACAUUAAUUUGAAUUUCUGUAUGUGUAUUCUGGCAUUCAUUGAUGUCAGAUCAAUUUGUAUGGGGUGGAGAAAAAAAAAAUUGCACUGAUUGAACGCUGAAGAGCCCGACUUUGCAACAGCAAAUAAUAAUCUACUUAAUUGUCUGUAAACACGCGUGUGUGUGUUUGUCUUCCUGUAUGUGCACACACAUCAUCUCUGUAAGGCUCAUGCCCCAAUGCCAUAAUGUAAGUCACAUUUACCCUAGACACAGGAGAGGCUUUUGUAACUUAUCACUAUUAAUCACACGUUAUUUGUCUCAGUAUGACGACCAAAUGAAGGCCUUACAUAGAAUGCACAGGUGCAUCAGAGGUGAUAUGAAAUGAUUAUCUUUGUUGCAGUACAAUUUAUACCACACAGUGUAAUCAAAAUAGAGUGGCGCAAAUGUACUUUUUGUUUCCAAAUCAUGCAAAAAUGUGCCCUGGAAGGUGGUGUUUUUUUUCCCAGUAUCAAUCAUGUCAUCCAUGGGAAAGGAGGAUUUUUAUUUUUAUUUUUGGCCCGUGUGGUCAAAGGUAAACUGGAUGUAUCCAUUGUGUCUUUGAAUUGUUUUUUCAGUUGCUUGGUACACUAGCAAUUACCUCAGUCUCACUAUUUAAGGCUUCCCUAAAGAUGUUAUGAUUUAUUGCAUUUUGCUUACUUUUUUCCUCCAUGCAAGUUUUUUUUAUUUUUUUUUUAUAUGAAACACCAUUAGUAGUUACGUGAUGCAUUAUGUGUGUAACCAAAAUUAUUUGAAGGCUGUUGAUGAAAUUUUUAACAAACAUUUGUACAUUUUGUAUGAGAGUUAUUCCUAGUAAUACUUUAUCAAGUAGUGCAAUGAACUCCUUUAAUCCCCUGCCCUGCCUUUUCUAUUGCAAAAACUGGUUCAAUAAUAAAUGUAUAACAUCGUCUUCUAAAAUCUGCUUUCCUAUAUGUAAGAACUUCAGACUGCCGUCAGUG